AUGCCGACGCAGAUCUCUGAUGCGCCUCAUGCGGAGCCGGGUCACCCGGCUGAGAGCAGACCGGGUGGGCCUAUCCAACUGGAGAAUGUGAGUGUCAGAAUUGAUCACAUGCAGGGCGAGGAGAGGGUUAAGGCUGUGAGACGUCCAGCACGAGGCGAUCUCCGAGAUGCGGCCGGUCGUUUGCUCGCGGCUGUGGCCUGCCUAGCUUAUGCUCAAUUUCGAGGAGAAUGACGGCAGUGUUGCGCACACGGCUUUCCUGACGCCAACUUGGUGCGCAUGCUGCUCUGUAUGCUGACCCGUCUGAUCCCUCGUAGACGUCCAAAAGAGAUCACCUGCAAUCGCUGGAGAAGCAGUACCAAUCCGAAUGGGGUACCGCAAAGUAUUUCGAGGUGGACAGUCCAAUGGUCUCAGAGAAGGAUGAGAGUUUGGAGACCAUGUCGCCAGAAGAGAUCCGAAAGAAGUACCCCAAGACCCUCUUCACUUUCCCAUUCGCAUACGCUAACGGAAGCCUGCAUUUGGGUGAGUCUGCUUUGUGCCCGUACUGGAGUUGAAGACGCUGAGAUUGUAAUGGCGCGGCCGCACCACCUCUCGUCUUCAGGACACGCAUUCUCGCUCUCCAAGAUCGAGUUCGCUACUGGUUAUGAGCGCAUGAAGGGCAAAAGAGCUCUCUUCCCCUGGGCUUUCCACUGUACCGGCAUGCCGAUCCGCGUAAGUCAUCUCUGUCAUCGUGCUCGGCCUUGCAGAAGGAGUGAUAUGAAAGCCCAGACUGACAUUUGACCUUUUUGAAUCAUCAGGCUUGUGCCGACAAACUUCAACGUGAAAUCGAGCUUUUCGGGCCUGACUUCUCUGGCUUUGACCCUGAAGCUGAGAACGAAGCAGCUGCAGUGGAGGCGACGGCAGCUGCUGCUGGAGGCGGAGAGGCAGCCAAUGUGGGAAAAGCUACAAAAGGCAAGGUGGCUGCUAAGAGCACUGGACUCAAAUAUCAGUUCCAGAUCAUGGAGGCUACUGGGGUCCCCAGGGAAGAGAUCCACAAAUUUGCGGAUGCUCAGUAUUGGCUGCAUUAUUACCCUCCUAUCUCCAAGGUGAGCAUUGGGCACAACUUUCAUUUAAAGGCUUGUGAUGUAGAGCGCACCAAUUGACCUUUUCGAAACACUGCUCCCAGGCCGACUGCACGGCCAUCGGAGCCCGUAUUGAUUGGCGACGCGCGUUCUUGACCACAGACAUCAAUCCGUACUUUGACUCUUUCGUAAGGUGGCAGAUCAACAAGCUGCGAGCGAUGGACAAGAUCAAAUUCGGAGAGAGAUACACCAUCUACAGUCCAAAAGAUGGUCAACCUUGCAUGGACCACGACAGAGCUGAGGGUGAGGCGUUGGGUCCCCAAGAAUACACAGGUCUCAAGAUGGAGGUGGUGCAGUGGAGUGCGAAUGCUGCACCGGAAUUGGACGCUAAGCUGCAGGGCAAGAAUGUCUAUUUCGUCGCUGCCACGCUGAGACCCGAGACAAUGUGAGUGCAUGUGCUCGGCCGUCCACACUUGAGUGUCACUCGGGGAUCGCUCAUCACCGACUGUCUCCGAGAGCAUAGGUAUGGACAAACCAAUUGUUUCGUGGGCCCGAGCAUCGACUAUGGCCUCUUUGCCAUCAAUGACAAAGACGUCUAUCUGUGCACUGAACGCGCUGCCAGAAACAUGGCUUUCCAAGGUGUCACAUCUGAACGGGGAGAGGUCAAGAAAGUUGCCUCGAUUGCAGGAUCCAAGCUUGUCGGAACCCGCAUCAAAGCUCCCUUUGGACACUACCCAGAGGUCUACAUUCUCCCUAUGGACUCGGUUCUGCCCACAAAAGGAACAGGCGUCGUGACUUCCGUGCCAAGCGAUUCUCCGGACGACUACGCGAAUUUGAUGGAGCUGCGCAAAAAAGCAGAGUACUACAAGGUGGACCCUCAGUGGGUCUCUUACGACCCGUUCCCUGUGAUCACGACGCCCACGUAUGGCGAUUUGACGGCCGAGACGCUGUGCAAGCAGCUCAAGAUCCAGUCUCCGAAAGACGCAAAGCAGUUGGCAGAGGCAAAGGAGCUUGCAUACAAGGAAGGCUUCUACUCUGGCAAAAUGGUCACGGGACAGUACAAGGGCGAAGCGGUGCAGGAUGCCAAGCCUAAGGUCAGACAGGACAUGAUUGAUGCCGGACUCGCAUUUGCUUACGCAGAACCCGAGGGCAAGGUGGUCAGUAGAAGCGCGGACGAAUGUGUUGUCGCAUUGUGCGAUCAGUGGUACAUUGACUACGGAGAGGACAAGUGGAAGAUGCAGGCCGAAAAGUGAGUAAUUUGAAUCAAGAAACCAAAUGCGCCAGGCGAACGCGGCCCUGACGUGCCUCGUGAUGUUUCGCUUCUGCAGGCUCGUCGCUCAGAUGCAGACGUUCAACGAUGAGACGAGGAACGGUUUUGAAGGAGUUCUCGGCUGGCUUCAUCAAUGGGCCUGUGCUAGGAGCUACGGUCUUGGUUCCAAGCUCCCUUGGGACGAGCAAUUCCUCGUGGAAUCGCUCAGCGACUCUACUAUCUACAUGGCGUACUACACUGUCUCUCACUUCCUGCAAGACGGCGUCGUGGAUGGUUCCAAAGUCGGGCCGCUCGGCAUUCAAGCGAAGGAUCUGACAGACGACGUCUGGGACUACAUUCUCAGCGACACCGCUUAUCCCCAGGAUUCUGCGAUUUCUGAAGAGAUCUUGACCAAGCUGAGGCGCGAGUUCAGGUACUUCUACCCCAUGGAUCUACGAUCAAGUGGUAAGGACCUCAUACCGAAUCACUUGACCUUCUGCGUCUACGUCCACGCUGCUCUAUUUCCCGAGGAGCACUGGCCCCAAGCAAUGCGCAUCAACGGCCAUCUGAUGCUCAACGGAAAGAAGAUGAGCAAGAGCACAGGGAACGUCUUGACGCUGCGUCAAGCUGUCGACAAAUUCGGAGCCGAUGCGACGCGCAUCAGUCUUGCUGAUGCUGGAGAUGGUAUCGAGGAUGCCAACUUUGAAGAAAAGACUGCCAACGCCAACAUCCUCCGCAUCCACACUCUGCUGGACUGGUGCGAUGCUCAAAUGUCUCAUCGAUCGAAGCUCAGGAGCGGGUCCAAAGACUCCUUCUGGGACGCAGCUUUCGAAAACGAUAUGAAUCUGCUCGUGGAGCAAGCAGCCGCCGCUUACGAAGAGUCGCUGUAUCGAGAAGCGCUCAAGUUCGGAUGGUACGAGCUGCUCACCGCAAGAGAUAUGUACAGAGAAGCGACGGCGGACAUCGGCAUGCAUGUGGAGCUGAUCGAACAAUGGAUCAGAGUCCAAGCUCUCAUCAUGACUCCUAUCGCACCUCACUUUGCAGAGCACCUUUGGAAGAAGACACUGGGCAACGAGAAGCAGAGUGUGCAACUUCAAAGAUGGCCUGCUCUCUCCAAGCCCAUCGACAAGGGACUGUCAGAUGCGGCAGCUUACGUCCGAGCGACGACAAAGACGAUCCGAGAUGGAGAGGCGACGAUCCUCAAGCGCAAGUCGAAGGGCAAGGACAGCUCAGGCUUUGACCCCAAGAAACCUAAAGCCGUCAAGAUGUUCGUCGCAACGGAAUUUCCCAAUUGGCAAGAUGCAUGUGUGCAGGCCAUCAAGAGUCAUUUGGACGAAAAGACGGGUGCGGUGGACGAUAAGGGUGUGAGGCAAGCGCUGGCUGAGGCAGGCAUCGUCAAGGACAAGCGCGUCAUGCCUUUCGUCAUGAACUUCAAGGUGAGCGUUCGACCCGGGCGUCCGAGUCUGCGUCAAGUUGCAGCGCGCUCUCCUGCGCACGUGAUGCGUUGCUGACUGCUCGCUCGGUCUCGCAUCCCUUACAUAGAGACGCUUAGCAGAAUUUGGACCCAGCGUGGCUUUCAACAGAGCACUUCCCUUUGAUGAGCUCGCAACUCUGCAAUCCGCCGCAGCUUACCUCAAGAGGACGCUGGGUCUGCAAGAACUUCACAUUGCGCUCGUCAAGGAUGCGCAGGGUGACGACGCCAAGAUUGCCGAGCACGCUUUGCCCGCCGAACCGGCCUUCGACAUCUACAAUGUCGAGGCGUAA